GCCAAAGAUCCAAUCUGCUGCGACAUUCCAAGAGAGAGCCGUGGUCUUAGCUCAUCAUGAAUGCUUACCUGGCAGUGGCGCUCGGUUUAUUUGCAUUGGUGGCCUUCUCCGAUGGGGUCACAGUCAAGGUGGGGGACUUCUCCUUCCCCCUUGAGUCAGUGAAGCAGCUGAAGUACCUCCAGGACGCGGCGCCCAAGAGUCCUCGCUUGCGCUUCAACAAAUCCCUCUAUGUGUGUGCCAACCCGCAGCUGCCCGCGGAGUUUAAGCCUCUUUGUGCCAGCCCCAAAGCCAACAGUCUGGUCCGACAACUAGAUGGCAUUGCCAGAGAGGUACAGAUCUGCGAGAUCUGCGCUAAUGUUGCCUGCUCUGGAUGCUAAGGAGAGAGCCUCCCGGCCAUUUCUGCUGGCUUCAGCGAGGAUCCCAAUGGCUGAAUACUGGCUAGUCUCCAUUUUCUGACCCUGCUGCCUUUGCUUCAUCCUUCCCAACGGGCGAUGUCUCUGCUCACUUGCACACAUGGAAGGCUGUGGCAUCUCAGCCCCUUGCUGCUCAGCUUUUGGCCUUCGGAUGAGCCAUCUCUUAAAGAGAAAACGAUGGACUAGCUACACAGUGCUUUGUGAUUGUUAGUUUGAGAAAUGCAUCAUCUGGAAAUGAUGUGUGAAUAUGAACUUUUGGGUAAAUGGAAUCAGGAUAGAAUGGUGACACAGAGAAGCUAUAUAUACUUUCCCUCCCUUCUCUAUCUUCUGCUUCCAGCUGCAGUGGUCCAUUUGUGGGAAUGGCAAAUUUGCAUCAUGCUUCUGAUUUGCAGUAUUGACUUUAAUGUCAAGAUGAAUGUUAUUGUUUUAAAAUGAAAUAACCAUUAAAAUAUGGGCCACUCUGCCC